CAACCAAACUACAUUUCUGUCUAGGGUAGCUUUGCUUUAGUUCAACUUAUUUCAGUGUGAAGUAGUUGUUAGCUUGUAAAGUUAUGCUUUCAAAGGAGCUCCCUCAACACUAAUAUUUUCCCCCAACAUAUUAGUCUAUGGUUGCCAGUUUUGUCUGGAUUACUGUAAGCAACUGCAUUGUAGGUGCUACAAGUGCAUAUGUAAUUUCUGGCCAAUCCUGACUGGGACUGUGUACAAAACUGCUGUAAACCUGCUCAUACAUUCGAGCGAUUGUAACUUAAUUGUUUUUGUGUGGUUGGGGGGCUUUUUGCCUUAAAACGGACAGGAAAUGAGUGGAAGAGAAAUCGAGAGUGGGGGGGAAAUGACCGCCAUGCCAGACUCAAACUGUGCAUGGUUGGGAUGCUGCCGCUUGCGCCACAGCUCCCCCUACAAUUGUGAAGUUAACCAUUAAUUCGUAUCGUUUAAAGGUGAUUCUCCAGCAGAGUGUCUUUUGCUGGCAUCAUCAUGGCAGACUUCGGGGAGAUUCUAGAGGCUGUUGGAGAGUUUGGUCUCUUCCAAAAACUCCUCCUAAUUGGACUGAGCUUCCCAAACACCCUGCUUCCAUUUCACCUCACCAGUCUGAUCUUUAAUCAAGGCAAUGGAGGACAGCGCUGUGACACUGACUGGAUUUUAGCAGCGGGCCCCAACUUGACUCUGGAGGAGCAGCUGAAUCUGACGAUACCCCGGCACCAGGAUGGCUCCUUCAGCACCUGUCACAUGUUUGUCCCGGUGGACUGGGACUUGUCGGCCAUUAGAGGGGACGGCCUUAAUGAUACCACCACCUGCAUUAAUGGUUAUGUGCAUGACCUCUCUGUCUUCAAGACCUCCAUAGUCUCUGAUUUUGAUCUAGUCUGUGAUAAGGCAAAUUUAGUUGGCCUGGCACAGACAGUGUUCAUGGCUGGUAUUCUGGUUGGGUCCCUCUUGUUUGGACCCUUCGCUGAAUCGAUUGGUCGACAGCGGGCCACUCAGAUACCCGUCGUUAUCAUGGCCAUUUUCACUUUGGUGACCGGCCUAUCUCCCAAUUUCUAUUUUUACGUGGUAUCUCAGUUCAUUGUAGGAGUUUCCUAUGGAGGAUUCCGUGUUAACUGCAUUGUCUUAGCCACCGAAUGGAUAGGAAAGAACAGGCGUGCCUAUGCCUCCUGUUUAACACAAAUGCUGGGGGGUCUCGGCCAGUGCAUUCAAGCUGGUAUUGUGUAUUUCAUUCGGGACUGGAAAACUGCCCAGUUCAUCAUGGGAGGUCCUAUUGUUUUUGUGUCUCUUUAUAUCUGGUUCAUCCCUGAAUCUGCCAGGUGGUUGUUGGAUCGAGGGAAAACUGAGCAAGCUAGAAAGCUGAUUCUCAAGGCAGCUGCCAUAAACAAACGCACAGUUCCUGACAGACUAUUAGAGAAGCUAAAAGAGGAGAAGAAAGUGGAGAGAGGUGGCAUAAGAGCGCUCUUAGCCUCGCCAGUGCUGAGGAAGUACUUCUUUAGCAUUGCGUUUGCAUGGUCUGCAUUAAACCUGGCAUACUACUGCCUGUCGCUGAACGUCGGGAAGUACGGCCUUAACAUAUUUCUCACUGCGUUCAUUUUUGGGGCAACGGAGGUGCCGGCCCACAUCCUCUGUAUUUGGCUGCUGGAGGCGGCGGGGAGGAAAGCCUCACUCAUAUCCACCCUGCUGGUGGGGGGCUUCAUCUGCCUGCUCACGCUCGCUGUUCCACAAGGUGGGGCUAUUGCUGUUACUGCCCUUGCUACAGCAGGGAGGUUUUUCAUGAAUUGGGCGGGGACCGUGUGCAAUGUUUAUGUCCAAGAGCUCUUCCCCACCUCCAUCAGACAAACGGCCACAGGCCUGGGUUCCACAGCCACACGUGUGGCUGGCAUGCUGGCUCCUGUAGUGAACCUGCUGGAGGUCUACCACUGGACCCUCCCCAGGCUGGUGUACAGCAGCCUCGCUCUGAUGGGAGGGGCCCUGGGCUUCCUGCUGCCCGAAACCAGACGCACGGAACUGCCCGACUCCACAGAGGAGGCAGAGGGGAAGAGAAACACAAAAGUUAUGAAGACGAUAGAAGCUCCAAGCAUGCUGGAUGAUUCCAAAACCUGCAUAGCAACAAAACUUUGAUUUUUGUUUCAGCCAUAAACAUCCAUAGUUGCUGAAUUGGUUCAUUGAAAUUGACGUGUGCAAAAAGUGCCUUUUAUUUAAACUGUUCCUAUUACAUUUGCACAUUUUGUUUACAUAAACUACACCUGUAUUAUCAAUGUUUUGUUUUUGGAAGGUGCUUUUUAAAAGAUGUAAUCUUUCAUCUUUAGAUGAAAUUAAAAUCUGAUUUCAAAGACAAUUAAAGGAAACUACAGAAAGAUC